AUGAGUAUUGCAUUCCUCGCAAAUCUGGCAGACGACGACCUCGUUGACAAGAACACAAUCCGUUCUUCACCCACAACUUAUAGAACCGCCCUCACGAACCAGACAGAGAAGAGAAAGUCCUCUUCCAGUGCACCGGUCAAUACCGUUGAUGCAUUCAAAGAUGUUAAAGGUGCCAGCCGUGUUGUUGAGAGCGAUUCCGUGCGACAAGCGCCAGUGGACGCCGGAAAGAUCGACUCGUCCUUCGACCAUGACUCUGCACAUCCCUCCUUCCGAAAUACGAAAUUGAACGGUCACGGAAUCCCUAUCGACAAGGCUGAAUCGACUCGCAGUUCUUUGGCUCCUACCGAGCUGCCUGCCUCCUUCCAUACUGCACUGGAAGACAGCACCAUCCGCCCUGGGCACGGCGUCGAGACUGAAUCUAUACGCUCUGAAUCAAUAAGAACGGGCACGCCACCCCACAUCCCUCCCUCCGCUGUAGGGACAUUUGCCACAGGCGCGGCAACCUCUGGUCCACAAGCCCUUCCAGACUCCGAUCUGCGCUCUCGAGCAACUAUCGCUGAGAGCAACGUUGGCAGCAAGAUCUUGCGAAGGUUGACCAAACGUGAAGCUAAAGAUGGGAAACGGAUGUCUAGAAUCCUGCAAAACGAGGCUGUUACUGAACAAAGAACCCUUGACCUAGCGAUCAAGGAGCUGGAGAGGCUGCAGAAAGUUCAGAGGAAAGCAGCAGCUGCUGAAGCGGAAGCCUUAUCUACGCACACUAAGGCCUCCCGCCAAGAGAACAAAUUGAGCCAAACCUAUUUCUCAGCCAAGACCCGGUGGGAACAAGCGACUGCUUAUCUCGAAUCCUGCACCGUAGCCCUUGAAAAAAGCCGCGAGCAUGCCCGACGUCAGACCGAGCUACUGCGAGAGAAAACCGCAGAGGUGGAUCGUCUCAGGGCACAGAAGGCGACUGAUGAUCGUGAACGGCAGGUGAAGCUUGCUGCUUUGUCUAAUCCAGGACGUUGA